AUGCAAGACUCUUACAAGGAUAGGACUUCACUGAUGAAGGGCGCCAAGGACAUAGCCCGAGAGGUGAAGAAACAAACAGUCAAGAAGGUGAAUCAGGCAGUGGACCGGGCCCAGGAUGAAUACACGCAGAGGUCCUACAGUCGGUUCCAAGAUGAAGAGGACGAUGACUGUUCCCCGCCGGGAGAGACCUAUAGUGGGGAGGCCAAUGAUGAUGAAGGCUCCAGUGAAGCUACUGAGGGUCAUGAUGAAGAUGAGGAAAUCUAUGAAGGGGAGUAUCAGGGCAUCCCCCGUAUGAACCAAGGGAAGGACAGCAUUGUGUCAGUGGGGCAGCCCAAGGGCGAUGUGCACAAGGACCGGCAGGAGCUGGAGUCAGAGAGGAAAGCCGAUGAGGAAGAACUAGCCCAGCAGUAUGAGCUGAUAAUCCAAGAGUGUGGUCACGGCCGUUUCCAGUGGGCCCUUUUCUUUGUCCUGGGCAUGGCCCUGAUGGCGGACGGCGUGGAGGUGUUUGUUGUUGGCUUCGUGUUGCCCAGCGCGGAGACAGACCUAUGCAUUCCAAAUUCAGGAUCCGGAUGGCUAGGCAGCGUAGUAUACCUUGGCAUGAUGGCCGGGGCUUUCUUCUGGGGAGGACUGGCGGACAAAGUGGGAAGAAAGCAGUCUCUUCUGAUUUGCAUGUCUAUCAACGGAUUCUUCGCCUUCCUUUCUUCAUUUGUCCAGGGUUAUGAAUUCUUUCUCUUCUGUCGCUUACUUUCUGGAUUCGGGAUCGGAGGAGCCAUUCCCACGGUGUUCUCCUACUUUGCUGAAGUGCUGGCCCGAGAGAAGCGGGGGGAGCAUCUGAGCUGGCUCUGCAUGUUCUGGAUGGUUGGUGGCAUCUACGCCUCUGCCAUGGCCUGGGCCAUCAUCCCGUAUUAUGGAUGGAGCUUCAGCAUGGGGUCAGCUUACCAGUUUCACAGUUGGCGUGUGUUCGUGAUAGUCUGCGCGCUCCCCUGUGUCUCCUCGGUGGUGGCCCUCACAUUCAUGCCUGAAAGCCCACGGUUCUUGCUGGAGGUUGGAAAACAUGAUGAAGCGUGGAUGAUCCUGAAGUUAAUUCAUGACACAAACAUGAGAGCACGGGGUCAGCCUGAGAAAGUCUUCUCGGUCCACAGAAUCAAAACCCCCAAACAAAUAGAUGAGCUGAUUGAAAUUGAGAGUGACACAGGCACGUGGUACAGAAGGUGUUUUGUCCGGAUCCGCACGGAACUCUAUGGAAUUUGGUUGACUUUCAUGAGAUGUUUCAACUACCCCGUCAGGGAAAAUACAAUAAAGCUUACAAUUGUUUGGUUCACCCUGUCCUUUGGGUACUAUGGAUUAUCCGUGUGGUUCCCUGAUGUCAUUAAACAUCUGCAAUCGAACAUGUUGCCCAUUGAAAAGAUCGAGAGAGAGAAAUUUUCAAAUUUCAGUGUUAACUUUACAAUGGCAAAUCAGUUGCACACGGGAGCGGAAUACGACAACGGCAGGUUUCUAGGGAUGAAGUUCAAAUCUGUAACUUUCAAAGAUUCACUUUUUAAGGCCUGCAUCUUUGAGGAUGUGACUUCAGUCAACACCUACUUCAAGAACUGCACAUUUAUUGACACUGUUUUUGACAACACGGAUUUUGAGCCAUAUAAAUUCACUGAUAGCGAAUUUCAAAACUGCUCAUUUUUUCACAACAAGACGGGAUGCCAGAUUACCUUUGAUGAUGACUAUAGUGCCUACUGGAUUUAUUUUGUCAACUUCCUGGGGACAUUGGCCGUGUUGCCAGGGAACAUCGUGUCUGCUCUCCUGAUGGACAGAAUUGGGCGCUUAACGAUGCUAGGUGGCUCGAUGGUGCUUUCGGGGAUCAGCUGUUUCUUCCUCUGGUUGGGCAGCAGUGAGUCCAUGAUGGUAGGCGUGCUGUGUCUGUAUAAUGGAUUGACCAUCUCUGCCUGGAACUCUCUGGAUGUGGUCACUGUGGAACUGUACCCCACAGACCGCAGGGCGACAGGCUUUGGCUUCUUGAAUGCCCUGUGCAAAGCAGCGGCCGUCCUUGGAAACUUAAUAUUCGGCUCCCUGGUCAGCUUCACCAAAUCGAUCCCCAUUCUGCUGGCCUCCACCGUGCUGGUGUGUGGGGGACUGGUGGGCUUGCGCCUGCCCGACACACGAACCCAAGUCCUGAUGUGAUGGGGAACAAGCCGUCCGUAAUACUGCAUUUCUUUCUCCUGCCCUGUGUCGACCCUCCGGACUGACUCAAGGCUUCAGUUUGUUUGUUUGUUUUUUUUUUUUCAGAUCUCAAAAGGUGGUAAAAUAGCAGAACACUAACUCUUGCCGUGACUGAAAUGUAGAUGCAUACCAUCCUGCCCCUUAGAUGUGAGUGUGCAGUGUUUUUCAGGCCUUGUUCCCCUUCCGAACUGGGCUCCUCCCAGCUCCCAACAGUCAGUCAGCGGAAGCGUUGUUGAAGUGUCCUCGGCAGCCGGGCCUCCCUGAGAUCCCGCUCCCUGAAGGUUGAGGAGCCUAUGCUGCCCUAAGAAAUAGAUCCUGCCUCUGAUUUCACAUUCAUGGGAAAUAUAAGUUGGCAUAUUAUUGCAUUUGUGCUGAGGAGAGGGAUUCUUCUUCUUCUUUUUUUUUUUUUCAAACAGAGUGAUAUUUCCUGUUUACUUAGAAAAGGACACCCAGCUUAAUUCUUGCUGUUACAGCAGGGCCUUUCAAAGAAAACCAUGUGGCACCAAACGGAGCUGGGUGGGGCUCUUUUGAGGCCUGACAGAGAAGGUGGCUUUGCUGACAAGACAGAUAAAGGCCAUGCCCUGAGCAGCAAAGAUCUGAGCGAGCGGCACACGCCAGAUUUCUGCCCAGUUCCAGUCCUGAAAAAUCUGAGGAGGGAGUCGUGCUGGUAUCUGUGAUGCUGGCCUGGGGGCCAGAAUGUUAGAAGAUCAGAGAUCAGAGACAGGCUUCUGCCUCCGUUUACCCCCGUCUCCUCCCCACCCCCACCCCAGCUACCCUUGAUCUUGCCAGGGAGCAGGUUCCGAGCAAGAGAGCCGCUUUCCGAACCCUGGGUCUGCCUGCCUCAUUCUGCCCUUCAUCCGAACUGUGCUCAGUCUAGAGAUGGUCGGUCAUCUCCGUUGUUGUAAGCUGCAAAUGAGGAAGAAGCCCACCUCUAGAGGCGUUUGGAAAGGCAAAGUGCUGCCUCGAGGGCACCACCUUUCUGGGGGACGGCGCCCCCGCGCCCUUGACGCUGGGCUUUCUAGCUGGUAGCGCUGAAGUGGGUCUUCUUCCUCUAGCUUCCACUGGGCCCUGUGCUCCCGGCUGCCGGCUGUGUGGAACCCCAGCGGCUUAGUCCAAGCAAGGGGCCCUCUGGCAGACAAGGUGGUUUGGGGCUGCUUGCUUUACCUGUGGAAUCCUCCUGGACCUGGAAGACAGAGGUCAGCCGGACAUUCCCACGGGCUGUCGGCUUUGCGACCUUCUCACCCCUCAGGCCUGCCCCUCCUCCAGGCUCAUCCUUUUUAUGCACCUUUGAAAUCUGAAGCCUCCUUAUAGACUUGCAGCAGUGACCAGCAGCCAGGAAUAAAUCCCAUGUUAAAACAGUAUUCCUGUUUUUAACUCCGUCUUGUCAAAGGGUUAUCCUUGUUACUUAUUAUAGCAUUUCCAGCAGGCCGCAGCCCCGGGUCCCCGGGAAGGGAGAGCCCUUGUUUCCAAUAGCCAUUCCCUUCAAAGCCCCGUCCUGACCCCGAAGGCCCUCUGCCUCCUUCUCCCCUUCCUAAUGGUGCCCCUGGAGCUGCAGAGUGCAGAGUUCUGACUCUGUGAAACAUUUCUUUCAUGAACAUCGCCAUGAAUCGAUCGCCCCUUGAAGUCAUUCAGGUCUGUGAAGGGGGCAGCCUGGUGUGGGAGGCUGGCAGGAAGAGGGUGGUUCCCUGGGGCGGUCGGCUCAGGGCCAGAACAUCGGCAAAACGCCAACCCCAGGCUGCAAAGGUGGCAGGAAGAGGGAGAAUCAGACAAGACUAGAUGAGAUCUCUUAGGCUGAUGCCAGCAAAGCAGGGAAAGAAACGGAACUGCCUCUCACUUCUGCCUCUGUAGUAUUACUGGAGAACAAAGCUAGCAUUCACACAACCCGGGAAAGUACCUUGUAUAUUAUUCCUCCACGUGGAUUCAUUUCCCUACCUACCUACCCCUUGGUUCAUCUUCUUCAAAAAGGCGCAUAUGGGGACCCGAGCAGGGCUGUUUUAGUUGAACACAGCAUGUACAAUCACAGCUACCAAAGCAAGAUGUGUUUGUUCAUCAGCCCAUUCAGAAGCAAGAGAAAUGUGCAUGGAUGUCGUUGUCUCUAGUCUUCUUAACUUUCUGAAAGUUAAGAUAGUCCAGUAAGCCAAGUCCACUAUCAUAAAUGUCUCACGUGUCUGUUGUAGCCCUAAAUGUGUAGAAAGGCUCCCAAGCUGCAGAGCUUAGCAGAUGCAGAGUUUUAUUUGAACAUUGGCUGGGUCAGAAUGAGAUUAAAUGAGCAGAACCCCACUUGGUGAGACCUGACACCAUACAUUCCCUUCACAAGGGCCUUUCUUGGCCCUCCCGUCACCUGAUCCAAGCCUCCCAGGUGGCCCAAGAGGGAUCUAUUCUAAUCUCCUGGACAGUCUGUGGUCACAAACCUUCUUGGUCACCACCUUUUCCACCUUCCACGUAGUUUUCUCUGCUUCCUUUGCAUUGUUCCCAUCACCUUGAUUUUCUCUGAGAGAGCUCAGGUUGUUCCCGAAGUAUGUGGCAGGGCCUGUCUGGCUUGUUGUGGGGUUAGCUGGCUUAAGAUAGAGCCGUGCGAUUACGCAGGAGCUCAGCUCUGUCCGCGGAGCAGCCUGCCGGCGCCGGGACCUGCAACCAGCAUCUCAUUUCAUCCACAAAAGAAGAAAAACGAGAGUAUGUGCCAAAAGGGAAGCCUAGGAAACCGUUCCACUUGCUCCUGUAUUUCUGACUCCUUCUCUAUCCAAAAUGUCCUCCUCGCUCUUUGGAAUCAAUCCAGAAUGCCAAACCCAGAGGCCGGGGAUCACCUUACACCCAGAGUAGUGACCCUGGGAGAGAAGAUAGAUGGGCCCUAGCCGCCUCCUUAAUGCUGGACUCAUCUUCGCAAGCACCAAAUAGGUUUAGUCUAGGAACGGACAAAUUAGCAAGUAGGCAGGUUGUUUGGGAAGCCCCUAGGAAUAGGCCAGAAAACAUAGUUCCGAUGUUGUGUGUGCUGCCCGCUUCUUAGGAUCCUGAACAUUAUCUCCACUCAGUGCUGGUUUGACAGUUAUCAUUGCCUGCUCGGGAAAGGGACCCACCCCGCCACAUGGACACGGUUAGAAGACUCUCUGGUCACCAUGCUGUCACCAAGGCUGUGUCCUGUAGCUGUCCCGACUCUUUUCUCCCUUUUGUUCUUGAAAUAGGAAGACCUAGGGCUGCAGAAACUGAGUCUUGAUACCACCUAAGUUGGCAAAGGCACCUUCAUUUACAAAUUUACUCACCAAAGCAGACUGCAGGUGUGCACCAAAACCUGCUUCGCUGCUUCUCUGCAUGUCUUUAGAUAUCAUGGGAGAGGUGGGGAAAGCAAUGUAGUGUCAGAGAGAGUCCAAGCUACCGCAGAGAAGGUUCCAGUGAAGGGCACACUGGAGCCUUUCUAAACCCUGGGAUCAUUUCAGAGUCACUUCGCGGGCAUACCUUUUGAUUCCCUCUGCCAACCAAAAUAGAAUAUGACAGUCUCCAGUCUUUUCGAUUUAAUAUCAAAAUGGCCCUUAUCUCUUUCUUCAUCUGUUCAAUGCACUAAAGGCUCUGAAGUCGGAAAUGUCUGAAUUUGGCUUUUACCUGGUAUCCUAGUAAGACAAGUGGUUGGUUGUUAAGGUGCACACUGGCUGUAUAUUUGGUUUUCCUCUAACCCCCAUGUCAUGCUGACCUUGGUUCAGUGACCAAAGCUACAGAAACACAAGUUAUGUGGCAACAACAGAAAGAACUCUACACCCCAGGGCACUCAGAUGAACUAUACAUUUCUUACGGUUUUCGUUUCUGCCAAACAAUGUAUGUUUUGAGAAAAGCUUUCCUCGCAGUGUGUAGGACGUAGACAAAAGAAAAUUCUCAUUGUCCCCUAGCCAUGCGCGUCCGUUCAUUGUCCCGGGUACGGAGUGCCAGUUCUGCGUGUGACGUUCUCUUGCCCCAUCCCUCCUAUCAGCAGCGUCCCGCCCACCAGACACAGCUUUGCCAGAGCUUUCGUGGCUCUUUCUCCAACAAUACCUAGGUCUCAGUAAUCCCAGGCUUCUGAGUUACAAGGAUACAGUUCGUGGAUCCGUCUAGGCCCUUGUUUAAGGCCGGCGAGGCUGGGUGGGGCAAAGAGGGGGCCAGAGCGUUGCCUGAUCUCUUGUCCUUUCAUGUGAUUAUGCAGUACACAUUGAUGGAGCUCUUCCCUGUGCUGGCUUGAAAGCCACUAGUGAACGCUUUGCAGGACUUGAGUGAAGGCAGAGGAAAUGGGCAUGAAAGAGAAAACAGCAGUAAUGGGGUCUCACAUGGAAGCCCCCGCCCUAAAAGCACCAAAUGUUGUUUUCCCAAAUUUAAAAGAAGCCCUAGCCUACGGUGGGCAGUCGAGAAACAACUCAGGCAUUGGGACUAGUGACGGGAGGAGAAGGCCCCUCAGUUUCUCGGCCUUCCUUGGAGGGACUGCUAACUAAUCCUUGGGAAAUGAGAGAGGAAGGCACACAUGCUGUUGCUGUGAAUGCCUCGGCAUGAAGUCGCCCUGAGGUAUUACUCAAGGAAAGGUAGCAGCCGCAAAGAUAGCCCCUUCUCCGUAGAGACGCUGGCUUUUAAAGUCCCGGAGUUCUUUCCGUGGUGGCCCGAGAGGAGAGGUGGGGGCUGGGAAGUCUGGCCCAGAGCGGAGUCAGCGCCCCGCCUCAGCGGCGGCCCCGUCCCCUGGCCUCAGCUUCCAGAGCUGUUUCCUUUCUGAUUCUGAAGACUGGCGUCCACUGUCUUUGCAGACAGGCUGGAGACGCUUUGCCCCCUCUCUCCUCGGCAGAUAAGCUCCCCAGAAAACAGGUUCUGGCCGUUAGUGGCCUGAGCUUUUCGGAUUUCAGUUCAAAACCAGUGCAGAGCUGUUGCAAAGUGUCUUGAAGCCCCAAGGACCUUUGGGGCUCUGGGGCCUGAGAGGAAGCAGAGCAGAGAGAGUAAUUGGUGUGGACCCCCCUCCCCUAUGGGAGCCCCGAUUUCCUCUUUCACCCACAAACCCUCUCCUCCUUAGCUCCCUGUGGUGGUACACACUCACUUCCUUUCUUUCCCAUCUAUUCUUCUUCCUCCUUGCCUCCUCUGGUCACCUCUUGACUCCAGCCGCGUACAGAGGCCAGGCCAAGCUUUCCUGGCACACUUGGGACUGAAGGGUGCGCCCAUCCGUGCCUCUGGUGGAGGCCCAAAGGGUGAAGAAGGUGUUGAAUGGCAGUGGGUGCGGGGAGUCUAAGCUCCAGACUGUAGGGGUUGACACAGUUCCCUGAACCAGAGAUUUCUGGCUGCUUCUCUCUCCCGUGCAUGAUGAGAUGGCCACCAUUGGCAUGGGAUCCGAGAGAGGCCCAUUUCUGGAGCAGAAAUCUGAGACCUUAGCAUUGGACUCCCAAAAGAAAGACGAGGUAGCCCGCAGCAAGGCUCUCGGAAUUCAUUGACCCCUGGGAGGUAGAGGCUCUGCUCGGUGCCAAAGGCUGGGGGCUUCCUAGUCUGACUUAAAUGCUGACAUUGCAGAGGCUGCCCACUCUCUGCCUAUACCCUGCCAGUCAGGCUCCCCUUAGAGCCAAGAGUGCCCAAAACUAGGAGGAGGAGAAAGCAGCCCUCGGCCC